AUGGAGUUUCACGACUACCCGUUUUACGUGAAGACCCCUUCAAAAAUCAAUUCUUCCACCGAAGCCACGGAUAACAUUAAUGAGAUUAAUAAUAAAGUUGAUGAUGAGAGCAAUAUAAGUUCAUCGAAAAAGACGAAGCGUCUACUAAGUCUGUUACGCGACCGACCGCCACUGAAGACAACGAUUAAAUUUGUCACCGCGGUAACCACGAUAUACGCUCUGUUUGGCGACGACAUUCGUGUGAGUUCCACUUCACAAUCAGCGGAUAAUAUUUUUGAUAUUUUUACAACGAUUUCGUUAAUUAUUUUCACCAUUGAGGUUAUACUGUUGGUAUUGGCGAUGUUAUUCGUUUUACCGCAAUUUGAAAUUACUGGCCAUUUUGAAGAGAUGGAAACUAGUCCACAGAGAAUAGGAAACGGGGAAACGCCGUUAUUCGCCGCGUUGAGGAAAACGAAAGCGCGAGACGAAAUGGUUGAGCUCCUCUUGAAAGCUGGUGCCAAUGUGAACGUUUAUUCCAAUCAGCAAGUGAACCCGUUCCGGGUGGCUUUGGAAAAAAAUUGUGACAAGAAAGUACUGGAUCUUCUUUUGAAGUAUGGUGCGGUGCCGGACGGCCCGAAUUUGGAAACUGGUGACACUAUUUUACAGCAAGUUUGUCAAAAAGGGCACGAUGAAAAAGCAGUAUUGGUGUUGAGAAAAUUAGUUGACGAUUAUCACUGUGAUGUGAAUGUGGCGAAUACUAAGACUGGCGCUACUGCAUUGCACUAUGCUGCCAUUUCGAGGAAAGCGAAAGCGGUUUUGGAGUUCCUCUUUGGUGGUUCAGCAGCUGUUAACCCUAUGGUGGCAGGAUCGCGUGUAGAAGCAAUUCUGGGUUUUUGCGACAUACGGCAAUUUAAUAUCGCCACUGAGGUGCUGCAAGAUGAUAUAAUGAUAUUUGUGAAUCAGAAAACUGGAUUAAAACUAAAUCAAAAGCAGUGGAUUUUUUGA